AUGAAACGAGGAAGGAAAACUAAUGAGGCCAGCAGCAGUUCAUCUGAAGAGACAACAGAGAAAGAAUCCAAGAGAAACAAGGUUAUAGAUGAGAAGACUCUAGUUGUGCACAGUCCUGACUGGGCGAACCUGCUUCAGGACAUUAUCCUGCAGGUGUUUCAGUACUUGCCCCUUCUGGAUCGUGCUCAUGCAUCACAGGUCUGCCGAAGCUGGAACCAAGUGUUUCAUAUGCCUGAUCUCUGGAGGUGUUUUGAGUUUGAACUGAAUCAACCAGCUACGUCUUACUUGAGGGCUACACAUCCUGAACUAAUCAAGCAAAUAAUAAAGAAGCAUUCCAAUCACCUGCAGUAUGUGAGCUUCAAGGUGGACAGUAGUAAGGAAUCUGCAGAAGCAGCUUGUGAUAUUUUAUCACAGCUUGUGAAUUGCUCUCUGAAAACACUUGGGCUAAUUUCAACUGCCCGGCCAAGCUUCAUGGAUUUACCAAAGUCUCACUUUAUUUCUGCACUGACAGUGGUGUUUGUAAACUCCAAAUCCCUCUCUUCACUAAAGAUUGACGAUACACCAGUAGAUGAUCCAUCUCUCAAAGUGCUAGUGGCUAACAACAGCGACACGCUCAAACUGUUGAAAAUGAGCAGUUGUCCUCAUGUUUCUCCAGCUGGUAUCCUUUGCGUGGCUGACCAGUGUCAUGGUUUACGUGAACUGGCGCUGAACUACCACCUGCUAAGUGAUGAGCUUCUGCUUGCUCUGUCUUCUGAAAAACAUGUCAGGUUAGAACACUUGCGCAUUGAUGUUGUCAGUGAAAAUCCUGGACAGACUCAGUUCCACACGAUUCAGAAGAGCAGCUGGGACGCUUUCAUCAAGCAUUCUCCUAAAGUAAAUUUAGUAAUGUACUUUUUCUUGUAUGAAGAAGAGUUUGACCCAUUCUUUCGUUACGAAAUACCUGUCACUCACCUUUACUUUGGAAGAUCGGUAAGCAAAGACGUACUUGGCCGCGUUGGGAUGACAUGUCCUCGGUUAGUUGAACUGGUGGUGUGCGCCAAUGGAUUGCGGCCCCUGGAUGAGGAGCUGAUCCGUAUUGCAGAACGGUGCAAGUAUCUGUCAGCCGUUGGCCUCGGGGAAUGUGAAGUCUCUUGCAGUGCCUUUGUUGAGUUUGUGAAGAUGUGUGGCGGUCGUCUCUCUCAGCUGUCUAUUAUGGAGGAAGUUUUGAUUCCUGAUCAGAAAUACAGCUUGGAGCAGAUUCACUGGGAAGUUUCAAAGCAUCUCGGUAGGGUCUGGUUCCCGGACAUGAUGCCCACAUGGUAA